AUGUUGCUCGCCGACAUGCUUCAAGCCACCGAGCGCCUGUGCAUCCUGCUGGGCAGCCGAAUCCAUGUCCAAAGCUCCUUCGGUGGACUGAAGACCGACAAUUUGGAGCUGAAGCCACUGCAGCCGAAGGAUGCCGCACAGCUCUUCCUCUAUCGCGUUCACCGUCACCUUUAUUGGAAGGACAUUUGGCGUAGCAAGGAGGAGUGGAUGAAGAAAGCCACCGAGUGGUACGGGGACAACAUCUACAAGAAGGUGGCGGACCGCUCACUUCUGGACACGGGAGACGUUCCGAUUACCUUGGAGCGGGAAAAGCGUGAAGAGGUUUUGAACGCACUGGCUGCCAUGCCUUUGCUCUCGGAGUUUUGCCAAGGCAUUCCCUUGCGCAUCCAGCAGACUGCAGAGCGAGUCUGGCACUCACAAGCCCAUGGAGUCGAAAACGCCCUCCAUCCUUGCUAG